AUGUUGAGGCAGGGCAGGCAUUUGGCCCUGGCUUUAAUGUCAUUCCAGCUUCUGCUGUGGCGCGAAUCUGUGACAAUCGAAGUGCCACAAGACCCAAAGAUUCUGGCGGACCUGAGACAGCCCCCUACUAUAACCAAGCAGUCGGUGAAGGACUACAUUGUUGACCCCAGAGAUAACAUCAUCAUCGAAUGUGAGGCCAAGGGCAACCCGGUGCCAACGUUCUCAUGGAGAAGGAAUGGGAAGUUUUUCAACAUUGUAAAAGAUCCGCGCGUAACAAUGCGAAAACGCUCGGGAACCCUGGAAAUCGGUUUUCGUAAUGGAGGAAGGCCCGAGGAUUAUGAAGGAGAAUACCAGUGUUUUGCCAGCAAUGAUCAUGGAAUGGCGAUGUCCAACAAAAUUCUACUUCGGGUCUCAAAGGCACCUCUGUGGCCUAAGGAGGUGCUGGAGCCAGUGGUGGUGACGGAGGGCUCCUCACUCGUCCUUCCCUGCAACCCACCUCCGGGCCUCCCUCCUCCAUUUACUUUCUGGAUGAACAGCAUGAUGAGCCCGAUUGUACAGGAUAAGCGAGUGUCAAAGGGUUUAAAUGGAGAUUUAUACUUUUCCAACGUCAUGGCCCAAGAUGCCCAGAAUGACUAUAGCUGCAGUGCUCGCUUCCACUUCACUCACACCAUCCAGCAGAAGAAUCCCUUCACUCUCAAAGUUCUUACCAAUGAUCCUUAUAAUGACACUUCUUACAAUGACAGUGACCCAUAUGGUGGCCGUAAAGUGGCUGAGUCGACGCCAACCUUCCUUUCACCGUUGGGAAGUGAGAGCUCCAAAAUGGUGCUGAGAGACGAGCAACUCCUACUGGAGUGCAUUGCUGCAGGACUACCCACACCGGCAAUCAAAUGGUUUAAGAAGGGUGGUGACCUGCCAGGUCGGAAAGUGAAGUUUGAGAAUUACAACAAGACCAUGAAGAUUAUCAGUGUGUCUGAGGAAGAUGCUGGGGAAUAUGUAUGCAUGGCCAACAAUCAUUUGGGUAGCAUACGCCACUCCAUCUUUGUUCAAGUCAAAGCGGCUCCUUACUGGCUGGACAAACCGACAAACCUGGUGCUAGCUCCAGAAGAUAAUGGGCGUCUGGUGUGUCGGGCGAAUGGCAACCCUAAACCGAGCAUCCAGUGGUUGGUUAAUGGCCAACCUAUAAACAAUUCUGUGCCUGAUCCUAGUCGACAAAUGAUGGGUGACACCAUCAUUUUCCGCUCAGUGCAAAUGGGAAGCAGUGCAGUUUACCAGUGCAAUGCCUCGAACCAGCAUGGUUAUCUGCUUGCAAAUGCCUUCGUCAGUGUCAUUGAUAUGCGUCCAAGAAUGCUUGGUCCGAAAAAUCAACUGAUUAAAGUCAUUGAGAACAACCGCACCUUUCUUGACUGUCCCUUCUUCGGUUCACCUUUUCCAGAGUUACGCUGGUUUAAGAAUGGACAGGGUAGUGGCCUGGAUGGCGGUCAGUACCGUGUUUAUGUGAACGGCACCCUCGAGAUCAAACGGGCCCGGGCUGAGGACGAGGGCACUUACACAUGUGUUGCCAGCAGCAUUUUGGGCAUGGCCGAAAACCAGGUCCGCCUUGAGGUCAAAGAGCCGAGCCGCAUAGUUCGUGCACCUGAACACCAGUCUGCCGUCAGAGGUUCCACAGCUCGUUUUGACUGUAAAGUGAAGUUUGACCCCAGCUUGCCUGUCACUGUGGCUUGGACAAAGGAUGACAAGCCCCUCUAUCUCGGCUGGAGGCUGAGGAAAGAUGAGGAAUCACUGACCAUCCCUAACAUCAACGAAGGGGAUGAGGGAACUUACACUUGUACUGUUAAAACAGAGAUUGACCAGGACUCAGCUUCGGCACGUCUCACUGUCUUAGAAGAAGCCUCCCUCAACCCCUCAGUUUCUAGUGCCUUGCCUCCAGACCGUCCAGACCCUCCCAUGGAUCUAGAGCUGUCAGAUCCUGCUGCCCGUAGUGUUCGCCUCACCUGGAUCCCUGGAAAUGACCACAGAAGCCCUGUUACAGAGUUUUUGGUCCAGUUUGAGGAAGACCGCUGGGAACCAGGUAGAUGGCAGGAUCUGGCCACCUAUCCCGGGGACCUCAACUCUGUCAUUCUACAGCUCGCUCCCUUUGUAAACUACCAGUUCAGAGUUGUGGCCAUUAAUGCAGUGGGCAGAAGUGAUGCGAGCCAACCCUCACCAAAAUACCAGACCAGUAGCGCUGCUCCUGAUGUCAUACCCAGAGGCCUCCGGGGCUGGGGCUCAGAGAAAGACAACAUGGAAAUCAUUUGGGAGCCCCUGCUUGAUCUUGAGAAAAAUGGGCCCAAUUUACACUACAGCGUUUGGUGGAGACGGAAAGACUUGGAUAAGGAGUGGAACAACGUGACCGUAAUGGGGACCAAACAUGUUGUCCACAACACAGACACCUAUGUGCCCUAUGAGAUCAAAAUCCAGGCAAGGAAUGAUGUUGGAGCAGGACCAGAGUCUAAUGCAAUCAUUGGAUACUCAGGAGAAGACCAACCCAUCAGUGCCCCUACUGAGCUGCGUAUUUCAAAGGUGGACAGUACCAAAGCAAACAUACACUGGAAGCCUGUGGAUCAGGUCUCAGUCCGUGGAGAAUUCAAGGAGUACAGACUGUACUACUGGCGUGAGUCCAGUCAUGUCCCUGGCCUGGUGUUCCGUAAGGAGAACAAGACUAAAGGUUUCUAUACAACCAUGGCUGAGCCAUCUGCAAUCCUUAGUGAUCUGGUGCCCUUUUCACGAUACAAGAUGUUCAUGGUUGUAGCCAACAAUCGAUAUGAGGGUCCACCAAGCAACACUGUUGAAUUCAGCACAAAGGAAGGAGUGCCCGACGCACCCAGUUUUUUCAGGAUCAAACCAAAAGGCUUCGACACAAUUCACCUGCAAUGGGACAAACCUCUAGAGCCAAAUGGCCUUCUGAUUGGAUAUCAGCUCAAAUACCAAACAGCCAAUGGAUCCAGGGAGGGUCGACCUCGUCUGGAGACUUUCCAGCCAAAUGUAACUGAGUUCACACUCCGUCUUCCUGAUCGAUCAACCCGCUAUAACUUCUACCUGUCAGCGCUCACCCAGGUGGGAGCAGGGGAGAUAUUUGUUGAGGAAUCCCCCUUCUUUGCUAAUGAAGAAAAUAUAACUGAUGCUACAGGUCUAGUUGAACUUACAGAUGCCUCUUUGGCUUCAUCUUUCACUAUUACACCUCCUCCUCUUGCUCCUCUUCCUCCCACUACUGCUGCUCCUACAACAAUUAGUACCUCAACUACUACUACUCCUACUACUACCACCACUAUAAUAAUGUCUACGACGAAUGCAACAACUACUGCUACUACCGCCGAUACAACUGAGGCAACCCCUGCCACACCGCCUCCUGUGCUGGUCAUCGACAGGAAUUCUGAUAACAAUGUGUUGGUGGUCCCCAGGCGAGAGAUCUGGAAUCUGACGGUGGAGCAUAACAGUAACUACGCUAACGUCAGCUGGAGACACAACUUCCCGGCCGGCAGCAGCGAGUUUGUGGUAGAGUUCACACUGGACAGCGACAAGACAUUGAAAACUGUACCAGUGACACAACCCCCAAUUACUCUGACGGAUUUGAUCGCGGGUGCCAAGUACCAUCUGAGGGUUUACUCCCAUGAACUCAGCAGCGUCACCAGCAAAUCUGUCACCUUUGAGACCAAAGCAGCCUACAUUGACCAGGUAGACAUCGCAACUCAGGGCUGGUUCAUCGGCUUGAUGUGCGCCAUCGCCCUCAUCAUACUGAUCCUUCUUAUUGUUUGCUUCAUCAAAAGGAGUCGUGGCGGCAAAUAUCCAGUCCGAGAUAAAAAAGAUCUUCCUUUGGACUCUGUUGAUCAUAAGGACCCAGAUGGAUCUUUUGAUUAUCACAGCGACGAGGACAACAAGCCUCUUCAAGGAAGCCAAACAUCUCUGGAAGGCAACGUGAAGGAGAGCGAUGACAGCUUGGUGGACUACGGCGAAGGCGGUGACGGCCAGUUUAAUGAAGAUGGCUCUUUCAUCGGCCAGUACACGGUGAAGAAGGACAAGGACGAGACAGAAGGCAACGAGAGCUCAGAGGCCACGUCGCCGGUCAAUGCCAUCUAUUCCCUGGCAUAG